AUGGUCUCCGCAACCCAAAACAGACAACGACAAGACGAAGCGAGCGGCUCAAUCGACGCCGCCGCUCAACGCCGCGAGCAUGCACUUCAUGCCGUCAACGGAAAAUUAGAUGCGAUGGCGAGAAGCCAUGUGAAGCUUGUCGGUGGUACAAGAAGGCCGAGCAAUGUAGUUAUCCGGAGCGGGAGAGGGAAAGAAGAGACAUCAUCAUUACCGGACUAUCGAGGAGCAUUGGAAAGGCUCUUUCCCGAAACUGCACCCGAGAAUCUGGUGGAUUUAUCGAGGGAGAGAUUGUUAGCUUUGAUAUCGAAGCCUGCAGACGGGUCCCCCUACAAUCAGCACUCCCAGCAUCAAGAUUCAUUGACAAUUGCCACAUCCGCGUCUGUAGAGACACAUGUCUCUGCACUAUCGAUGGAAAGACCGGGCCUGGAGUCUCUACAUGCGAUACCAGGAGAACACGAACAAUUGGACGAAAAUCAGUGUGCUAGCGCUUCCGAGGAGUCAGAAGAGCAUAUAUCAGACGAUGUCAAUGCAUUGUCUCUCCCAGCUCGGAACCUUACAUCGUACCUGGGUGUAUCGUCCAUCCAGGCUGCGCUAAAAGUCAUUGCGUGGCUGCAUCCGGAACUGAAUUCGCAUCUGUCAUCUCCCAAGGAACAGCGUCACCCGCAUCAUCGUUCAUCAAUUUCAGCCGGUCCACCACGCACAGAGCUGCAAUUGCUUGAUGCAUACUUUGAGAACUUCCAACCAUUCUCACCACUUUUAGACGAAGAAACAUGCCGCUCAACUUUUAUCUCUGGCCGCAGAAACGACGAUCGAUGGCUGGCACUACUCAACACAAUCCUAGCGUUGGGAAGCAUCACCGCCGCAGGCGUCGACAACCACAACCACCGAGCGUACUUUGAGCGCUCAAUGAGCUUUCUAAACAUCAAAACCCUUGGCAACCCCAGCCUUGAAGUUGUGCAGACACUAGGGCUCAUGGGCGGCUGGUACUGCCACUACAUCAGUCAACCCAAUCUGGGCUACGCGCUGGUGGGUGCCUCGCUGCGGAUGGCUGUUACACUGGGUUUGCAGCGAGAACCACCGUUCGACAGCCAUUCAAUGGGUGCAAAUACUGCCAGAUCAGGGUAUCAGGAAUUCAAACGCAGGGUUUGGUGGUCGCUUUGCUGUUUGGAGACAUGGGGCCAUGAGACGUUAGACUCCCAGCUGCUCCAAUGGUGGAACAACCUCCCCCCAGUCCUAAAGGACUACAACCCUUGCCCCGACGCUCUAUACGCCGUGAGGACAGUCAUGCGUUGGCGGUUCUACAAUCAGCGGAUACUCCUGUAUCGCCCUCGACUGCUGAACUAUGCCAUGCGGCGCAUCCCGUUAAUUGCAAUCAAAGGUGAAGAACGCAUCGCCGUCCAACGAUGUCGCGAAAUAGCGGAAAUGGCGAUUGAGGAUAUCUCGGCCGCUACGGCGGUGAAAUUGAAUCAGAUGAUUGCUUGGAAUGCGGUGUGGUUGAUCUUUCAGGCUAGUAUGGUGCCGUUGAUAUAUCUGUCCACUGCUGCGGCUUCUGCGGGAGCGGCUGAUAGUGAUGACGAUGUCGAGAGGUGUAAAGCGCAGGUUCAUACUGCCAUCGCGACGCUGGAUCGUAUGCGGCCCUAUGGACAUACAGCUGAGCGCUCGCUGGGAAUGAUUUCGAGUAUCCUUGAGACUAUACUGCAUACACCAGACAACACUGGAUUGAUGACAACUGACCCAGCAACGAAUCACGACGACGGUGAGAUGCAAACACAAAAUUGCCCGCCUAUUCCGACGGAGUAUCAACCUAUCACCCGCGAACGAGUCCUGGAUUGGACUGCUACGACUGCCGCGACUACGGGGUCUGUCAAUACGUCUUUUGAGAAUUAUUCGUCGCAGCAUAUGUGGGAAUAUCUGAGCUGGGGCGAGAAUAAUGAUUUCUGGGCUGAGAUGUAUACGAGUUUGAAUCCUCAAGAGCAGGCGAAUUUCUUCAUCCCUAGUUAA